AAUUCCAGCAAUUCGAUAUGAAAGAUGGAGGUCCCAAUAGGCAAGAAAUGUAUCUCGUCGUCACCGAAAAUCCUGGGGUUAAAUGAGCAAAUCAGUGCAAUCCUUGACGAGGUUUUCAGAGCCUACGGGGACUUCAUUGAUGACGAAAAUGGUCUCUCCUAUGAAGGUCUUCUCCGGACCUACGACGAUGGUGCUGGUGAUGUUGAUCGUGAUUUUGAUGCCCUGGAUUUGGACUUCAAUAACGGCAUUGGUAAAGCUCCCCAAGCUUCUGAGGCCUCUUCCUGUUCUAUAAAAAUGGUAUCAACCGGCAGUGAUCGGUGGAGAAUGCCGGCGAUGUUUUUAAAGCGUUCUAGCUCCAAGCUUCUGAGGACUUCAAUAACUGCACUCUACCAAAUGCAUGUAGAAAAUACUUUUAACAUUUUACACUGUUCUUCCAAACGCACAACAGUGUAAAAGUAGCAUCUAUCUGUUCAUCUU